AUGAGAGCUUGUAUCCAUCCAACCUUCCCCGUCAUGGACGCAGCUUCAGCUUCAAGUUUCGCGGUUGCCUACGCUGCAGAUCAUGGCUCGCCACCGAGGUACACAUCCGUGGAUGACCUACGGCUCCAGGAACGCGGGAUCAAGCACGUGCGCGUGCAAUUCGUCGAUUACUCGAACACGGUGCGCUUCUGGGUGCUGCCCGUCUCGUACUUCAAGCGCAUAUGCAAGCUCGCGCGUCCGAGCAUGACUUUGUCGCCUGUCGCUCUCGCCUUCGUCGGCAUCCGGUUCGCCAGCGGCUUCAACUCCAUGGGCGAGUGCCUGUUUGCGAUAGACCUGAACAGCUUCCGCGUAUGCACGUACGCACCCGGACAUGCCGUCGUCUCGACGUGGUUACAGGAGAAGGUGCCCUCACCGACCGGUGCGCUCGCGAUCCCGCUGUGUCCGAGGACGAUGCUGCAGAAGGUCGUCGACGAGGCCAAGGAGAAGGCCGGCCUGACGUUCCUGGUCGGCUUCGAGUCCGAGUUCGUCUUGCUGAAGAACGCAUCGUGGCCGCCCGAGCUGGUGAAUGACGCUGGAUGGGGCUGUUCCGCAGGGUACCGCACGGGUGCAGUCGAGAGCUCGGUACUCGACGAGAUCGUCGACUGCGUCGAGGAGGCCGGCAUCGAGGUACAUUUCAUGGUCGGAGAGGCUGCCCCUGGACAGUAUGAAUUGGUGACGGGUCCGAUGUCCCCUCUUGACGCGGCCGACGCUUUGGUGUUCACUCGAGAGACCAUCUACAACAUCGCGCAUAAGCACGGGCUUCGUGCGACCUUUGCUCCGCGCCUGCUGUCUGAUAACGUCGGCAGUGGCGCGCAUAUGCACUUGUCGCUGCACUCGACCGUCCCAUUUACAGGCCCGGACACUCGAUCAGACGCCGUGUUAGCACCCGAGCUGACGCCUACCCAACGCUCCUUCCUCCAGACACUCGUCGAGCACAUCGCUUCGCUGAGCGCGAUCACCCUGCCAACCAACGCCUCCUACAAGCGCGUCGAGGAUGGCAUCUUCUCCGGCGGCACGUACGCGUGCUGGGGGUGGCACAACAAAGACGCUCCUGUGAGGCUCUGCGGGGACGGGCAGGCGAACCACUUCGAGGUGAAGACGAUAGACGGCACGUCGAACCCGUAUCUUGUCUCGGCGGGCAUCUUGGCGGCUGGAUUGGAGGGCGUGUUGAACGGGGCGGAGCUGAAGACCGGGAAUUGCGCGAAGCCAGCGGCGCAGAUGAGUGAAGAAGAGAGAAAGGCGGUGGGGUUGGAGAAUCCCCGUCGCUUUCCCCGGACAGUCAGCGACGCUCGGCGGAUGCUGGACGAGGAUCAGUAUCUGAAAGAGGCCCUAGGCGCCGAGUUCGUGGGCAUAUAUCUGGGAGUGAGCAAGGUGAGUCCGCUUCCUCAGCAGGGAAGCAAUGUACUCACGAGUACCGUCGAUGGUGCAGUUGUUAGAGGAACAUAUGACGCUGCCUACCGAGGAGGCGACCGUUAUCCGCCUCGUCGAAACCUUCUAGAGCACGUCGAUUUGUUUAGUCUAGAUCAACAGAGAGGGACCCUGGGCGCGAGCGCGUGCCGGAUGUUGGAGGCCUGCUUGAAUGAACAGAGAAGUGUAGGUGCGCACCGUUGCCACCUGCGAGAGACGAGUCAGGCGCACGCCGGGGUGAUCUGUUGA